AUUUUAGAAAAAGAAUUGAUCCAAACGUGUAGAAAUACCUUAAUUGACUGCAAAUUGCUAUCCACGUAUCAAAUUCAUGUUUAUAACUCGAGCUAUGAUUUACAGUGCAUUAUUCACACUGCUUAUCAGUGAAGCGAUAUUUUUCCAUCAUUUUUGGAAGUUGUCAAAAUUCCAAAGAGGAUCAUUCAAGCAACAUGUGGAAUAUUGAAUUUGGACAAGCAGUCUCGGACAAGACGAUUAGGCAUGUUCCCAAUACAAAGACGAAUGACCGUAGUUAAAGGAUCAAAUUAAACAAACAACAGCAGCAGCGCGAGAAACCUUCUAGAUAAUUUUAUAGCUAAGACGGCAAGGAUACUGAUACAAUGAGCCUAAUUCACGAUUAUAACCAAUCAUGUUCGUUUUAUGACGACCAGAGGACUGCAGUGGGAUCAGAUAUAAUAGCGGCUAUGAUUCAGCUCAACACGGGUAAACAGUUAAAGGAUUUACAUGUGCUAGAUGCAGGCUGCGGAACUGGGAGUUAUGCAAAGGCACUUCUUGAUAUUGGAGUUGGUUACUUAACACUACUGGAUGCAUCAAAUGGUAUGCUAGAACGCGCUAGAGAAAAACUUAGUAACUAUUUAGCACAAGGACGGGUUCAAGAUAUGGUUGAGUGCAGUUUGCCGCCUAUUCCUGUUCAGGAUGAUUGUUUUGAUGCUGUUUUGUUCAAUUCGGUCUUACACCACCUUGAUCGAACAAACUCCGAUUUUCCAAACGUGAUUGAGACACUACAAGAAUCCCGUAGGAUCUUGCGUCCAAAAGGUGUUAUAGUUAUAACAACAAUUCUUCCAGAAACAUUUGCAGAUGCGUUGUGGUUUAUGCAGAUUGACAGAAAGGUGGCUCAGCGAUUCAUAGAAAAUAAUGCUCCUUCUUUGAAUCAGCUGUACAAGAUCUUUGAAGAUGCCGGUAUAUGUUGCACUCAGAAAAUGACUGUUCUGGGCUCCGAUCUGUUAAAGCACUACUAUAAUGUUGAAGACCCAUUAGAAGAGUCAUUGCGAAGAAACCUGAAUGAGUUUUGGUCAUUUGCAACAGAGGCGGAGGUCAGUGAACUGGUACAGAGAGUUAAAGACUUAAAGGACAGCGAAGAACUGGAGGCAUGGAUCAAAUCACAUGAUCGCACAAGCACAAUGGGUAUCCUGACAAUAAUGAUAUGUAAACCUCUUUAUUAUCAGUAAAGUCUAUUCUUGAUGUAAAGGACAAAUACGUAUUGGUUCUAUAGCCUUUAGAUGGUAUGCCUUACCUACUCAAGUAUAUGGAACUACAUAUAACAAAAAAUCUGGAUAAGUCAUCAUUUGUAUCAUUACCGCAUGUUUUUCGACAGUUUGGAAAAGUCCGAGAGAGAAAUCCGAAAGUGAGUAGUCCACAGAGUUUAAAGAUUAAAAAGCAACAGAGAACUUGAUACCUUGAUCAAAUCAAAUUAUCGCACUAAUGCUCUUUCUCCUGACAAACAUCUCUAUUCUCAUGCUGGUUUAUUCACGUGAGACGUUCUGUUUUAUACGCUGUAAAUAAUGCGAUGAUUAACGUAUGAAAGUGUUACGUUAUCGUUUGUAUCAAAGCUUUAUGUCUUUCAAUAGAAAAUACCUUCAUACAUUAUUAAUUCAAUCAAAUACAAAUGAAAUAUAAUUUGCA